AGGGAGAGGUGCGCCCGGCGCCGUCCCCGUCCCCCCCCCCCCCCCCCACCCCACCCCACCCCCAAAUCCACUCCCCUCCACCUCCGCGCCCUCACCACGCCGCCGUAUCUUCGCCGGCCGGCCUGCUGCUGCUCCCCUCACGCGAGACGCCGCGCAGUCGUGGAGGGAGGCGCGACUCCGCCGCUGUCGGCUCACGGGAAGGAAUCCGUCGGAAAUCCGCAGCCGGAUCUGGAGGUGACAAGUACGGGGGCGGGGGCGGGGGCGAGGAGCGGCAGAUCUCUAAUCCACGCCGGAAUUUUCUGCAUCAGGUUGGACAGGUGUGGAUUUACAAGCUACCCUCUCGUGGGCGUCAGGUGUUUGCUGAUUCGCUUCAGAGGCCGGCUACAAAAAAAAGAAGAAAGAUGUCUAAUAAUCAGAAGUAUGGUGUCCGUUUGCUCCAAAGAACCUUGGAUCUGCAGAGAUUUCCUAUGGGAAGUGCACCAUUGUGUAUACCUGUCAAUACUGGUCCUCCUAUUGUUCAUAGACCUACUCAAGUUGCUUUUGUGGGAACCCCAUCAGGAAUAAGUGACGUGCCAAAUAAGGUAACAUCACCUUUCCCAGGAAAGCAGGUGAGGAAGGCAAAUGCAGUCAUGCCUGAAGAGACUGCAUCAAGUGUCUAUUCUGAUGGUAGGCAUGCUCCAAAGAAUGAACACUUGAGGAUUUCUGGACCUUUGGGGCAGUGUGAUGAAUCUGAUUGCAAUGAUUGCCCUCCUGCCUCUAAGAACAAAAUGCAUUUCCAUAGAAGUUCAGCUCCUUUCGGUAAUGAGGGUGGUGGGUGGAAGAAGAAGAUUGGGUCUUCCCUUCCAAACAUUCCAAUUAUAAACCCACAUGCUAAGGCUGUUCGUCGAUGGAACCAGUUUUUUGUGAUAUCAUGCUUGAUUGCCAUUUUCAUUGAUCCUCUGUUUUUCUUCCUAGCUUCCAUGGACAAGGAUAACAAAUGCAUAAUGUUCAGUCGGCAUUCGACAGCAUUAACUGUGGCAAGAAGUGUGACAGAUGCAGUUUAUCUUCUUCACUUGCUUCUUCAGUUUAGGAUGGCCUAUGUGGAUCCGGAGUCAAGAAUAGUGGGGACAGGAGACUUAGUUGAUGAGCCUAAGAAAAUUUCUAUGCACUAUCUUCGUGGUGCUUUCAUAGUCGACUUAUCUGUUAUGCUUCCACUUACUCAGGUGAUGAUAUGUCUAGUUAUCCCUAAGUCCAUUGGGGUAUCUGGUGCAAACUAUGCGAAGAAUCUGUUACGUGCCACAAUUCCUGUUCAGUAUGCCCUACGCAUCUUCAAAUUUGUGCAAUUACUUGGUGGGCAAUCUGCUAAUGGAUUCAUUUUUGAAUCAGCAUGGGCUAAUUUUGUGAUCAAUCUUUUGGUAUUUGUUUUGGCUGGGCAUGUGGUUGGUUCACUUUGGUACCUCUUUGGGCUACAGAGUGUUAAUCAAUGUCUAUGGAAUUCUUGUUCUGCGCUUAAUAUAACAUCAUGUGCUCAGUUUAUAGACUGUGGGUAUGGCAUUGGUGGGCAGGACAGAGUAAAGAGGCAGCCAUGGUUAAACGACUCGAUGUCGCGAACCUGUUUUGAUACUGCAAAUGGUUUUUUCAAAUAUGGAAUCUAUGAACAAUCUGUGUUGCUAACCACAGAACUUGCUGUUAACCGCUAUGUAUAUUCGUUAUUUUGGGGGUUCCAGCAAAUAAGUACUUUGGCGGGUAAUCUGGUCCCAACCUAUAAUGUAUGGGAAGUUCUAUUCACAAAGGGUAUCAUUGCCUUGGGGCUAUUGCUUUUUGCGUUACUUAUCGGUAACAUGCAGAUUUUUCUGCAAUCACUUGGAAAAAGGAGACUGGAAAUGCAACUGAGGAGGCAUGAUGUUGAACAAUGGAUGAGCCACAGGCAACUCCCAGAAGAUUUGAGAAGGAGGGUUAGACAUGCAGAAAGGUUUAGUUGGGUGGCUAUGCGAGGUGUGAACGAAGAAGAGCUUUUGAGCAGCUUACCAGAAGAUAUUCAGAUAGAUAUACGCCACCACUUUCAUAGAUUUCUUAACAAGAUUCAGUUAUUCGCUUUGAAGGAUUCUGGACUUUACGAGGCUGUCUGUGACAAGUUGAAGCAUAAGUUAUAUGUUAGGGGAAGUGACAUUCUUUCUCAGGAUCAGCUUGUUGAAAAAAUCAUCUUUGUAGUGCGCGGUAGAGUCGAAAGCAUCAAUGUAGAUGGAAGCAAAUCUCCAUUACAUGAAGGAGCUGUGUGUGGGGAAGAGCUGCUUACGUGGUGGUUGGAGCAGCAAGCUUCAGAUGGGGAGAGGAUGAAGGUGCACUGGAAGGCAAUACGUACCAUCAGAUGCGUAACAAAUGUAGAAGCUUUUGUGCUGCAGUCCACUGAUUUGGAAAAAGUGACUCUAGAGUUCUCAACACUAUUGCAAAAUCCUAGUGUUAUUGCAGCAAUCAGGUACGAAUCACUGUCCUGGAGGACCGCUGCGGCAAUCCAUAUCCAGGACACGUGGAGGCACCAUCAAAGGCGAAAGAAGGCAGCUGCACUGUUGCAAGAUGUUGAAGAUCUUUUUGCUUCCCCAUCUCUCCUUACAGAGGUUUUGCUGCUAUGCUGGGAAGUUUCACAAGGAAAAGAGAAUCAAAUGUAUCUGCAAUCCAAGAUCCACAUGUAAAUUUCCAGGGGCCCUGUCAGCACAAUCUCGUGGUGCCAGGAAUGCUGCUGCUUAAAACGUUGUAGUGACCUACAAUACUCGUUGAGCUGCUUUUGCUGAAAAUACUUUUUUUCAAAGAAGUGAUGUGAGUGAACUAACAUGAGUGUUUUGCCAACUGUGUUGAGAAAAUUCUUCCACGUUGUAUAUCAGCAUUUGAUGUCCCUGAAUAGUGUUUGACCUUUUGGCUUUGACAGGAGUAACGUUGUUAGAUGUGUGCAAACUGUUGACAGAUGAUGUUGUUGGCUCUCGUGGACAAGGAUCGUCGUAACUCUUUUGAUAUGGAAUGCUCUCUUUUUC